UCAUUGUUGAAUGGUCAGGGGGGUGUGAAUGUGUUCAUCUUUGCCGAGGAGGGGCUUUGCGUGCGGCACGAGUCUGUGUGUGUACCUGUGUGUGUGUUAGACCAGCAUUGUUCCUGAUAGAGGGAAAGCUGUGCCGCGCUGUUUGGAAAAUCCAAGGUCAUUGGAGAACAGUCACAUGCGCCGUAUGCAUGUGUGAGUGAGUGAGUGAGUGAGUGAGUGUGUGUCUCUCUCGUUCUGUCUUUCUCUCUGGCUAUGUGACAGAAAAAGAGAGGCUUCAGGCAAAGAACAGAGAAUUUCAUCAGGUUUUCCAUCAAUGUACGGUGUGUGUGGAUGCUGUGGGGCUUUGAGACCCCGUUAUAAGAGGCUGGUGGAUAACAUCUUUCCUGAAGACCCUGAGGACGGUCUGGUAAAAGCUAACAUGGAGAAGCUUACCUUUUACGCCUUGUCUGCUCCGGAGAAACUAGACCGUAUCGGUGCCUACCUUUCAGAGAGACUAUCCAGAGACGUUGCCCGGCAUAGAUAUGGGUAUGUUUGUAUUGCCAUGGAGGCUUUGGACCAGCUUCUGAUGGCCUGUCACUGUCAAAGUAUAAACCUUUUUGUGGAGAGUUUCCUCACUAUGGUGCGCAAGCUGCUAGAAGCCGACAAACCCAACUUACAGAUCCUGGGCACAAACUCAUUUGUGAAGUUUGCAAACAUAGAGGAGGACACAGCAUCAUACCACCGCAGCUAUGAUUUCUUUGUCUCCCGCUUCAGUGAGAUGUGCCAUUCCAGCUUCGAGGAUCCAGAUAUUCGCACAAAGAUUCGUAUGGCAGGGAUCAGGGGGCUUCAAGGGGUGGUGAGGAAGACUGUCAAUGAUGAGCUGCAGGCAAAUAUUUGGGACCCUCAGCACAUGGACAAAAUUGUGCCGUCACUCCUGUUCAACCUCCAGCAAGAAGAAGGCAUUGAGAGGUCUCCUUCUCCAGAGACAGAGAAGGAGAAGGAGAGUCCGGUGGAGCUGACGGAGAGAUGCUUUCGAGAGCUGCUGGGACGAGCGGUUUACGGAAACAUCAAGAACGCCGUCAAGCCUGUGCUCAUGCACCUUGAUAACCAUUCACUCUGGGAGGGCAAAACAUUUGCAGUGCGCUGUUUCAAAAUCAUUAUGUACUCCAUUCAGUCCCAGCAUUCUCAUCUGGUGAUUCAGCAGCUUUUGGGCCACUUGGAUGCCAACAGUAAGAACUCAGCCAGAGUGCGUGCUGGGAUAGUGGAGGUGAUCUCAGAGGCAGCUGUUAUAGAGGCCAGUGGCUCUAUAGGUCCCACAGUACUGGAGGUGUUUAAUACUCUACUAAAGCAGCUCAGACUUAGCGUAGACUACGAGCUCACUGGAUCCUACGACUCUUUUGCAAACAUGGGCACCAAGGUCAUUAAAGUACAUGAGGAGAGACAACUCCAAGAAUCUGUCAUCAAAACUAUUGGCUCGUUUGCAAACACGCUACCCACCUACCAACGUUCUGAAGUCAUGCUGUUCAUCAUCGGUAAAAUCCCUGUGCCAGGCAUGUAUCCUGCUCUGGGGUCAGCCAACACUGGGGUUGAGGGCAGUAGGAUGAUCCAGAUUAUGCUGCUCAAGUCUCUGCUGCAGGUCACAGCAGGAUUCCAGUCUAACAACAUUUUGACAGCACUUCCCACAUCCUUCCUGGACCCUCUUCUGUCCUUCACUCUGAUGGAGGACGCUGAGAUCCGUCUGCUCGUGCUCGACAUCCUCAUCAGCAUCAUCGAUCGCCAUGACAACCGGCACAAAUUUUCACCUGUCAGAAUUAUAUCAGACAUCUCAAUACUGAAGCUGAAAGUAGACAAGUGCUCCAGACAGGAUAACUUGUUCAUGAAGAAACACAGCCACAGAUUGUACCGUCACAUUUACUUGGCCUGUAAAGAAGACAGCAGCGUCCAGCGGCACUUUGAGUCUCUUCAUACACUGCUAGGGUUGAUCUGUGUGGAGCUCGCCAAUGAGGAGGUGGUGGUGGACCUUAUCCGACUGGCUUUGGCCUUACAGGACCUUGCCUUGACUGAUGACACACUUCCUGUUUAUUCCCGCUGUGCCAUCCAUGCUCUGUCUGCUGCAUAUCUCAACCUCAUCAGCCAACUGACCACUGUGCCCACCUUCUGCCAACACGUCCAUGAGGUAAUUGAAUCAAGAAAGAAACUUGUUCCGUUCCUGCUGCCAGAGGAUGUUCUUGUUGAGAGUCCAAAGAUCCCGGAGAAGCUGGAGAAGGUGGAGGGAGAGAUGCUGUUUGCACAGGCUAAGAUAGCAGAGAUGCUGGGCGGUAGCGGAUAUAACACAGAGAGACUGGCCACUGCGUACAUCCCACAGAUCACAGAUGAAGACAGACUGUCUAAGAGGAAGAGUAUUGGAGACACAGUCUCUCUCCAGUUAGAGAUGGAGUCUAGAAACAGUCCAGAGAAAGAGCAGAGGUCCACAGCAGAGCAGAUAACAUUUGAAACUCUUAAACAAGCCAUUGUAGACAGCGUGAAUGUGGAGGAGCUGGAGAGAGAGCGCAGAAGACAAGUGGUAGAGAGGUUUCAGACCGCUCCAUUUGAGGAGAUUGCAGCCCACUGUGGGGCCAGGUCAUCCCUGUUGCAGAGUAAACUAAACCAAAUCUUCGAAAUCACAAUCAGGCCUCCACCAAGCCCGUCUGGCUCUGUCGGUAACGGUCACGGCCGGAGUCGCUCUGUACCAGUCUACGAGAUGAAGUUUCCAGACCUCUGUGUAUACUGAGACACAUAGAGCCCCCGUCACCACAUACAGCUGUUUUCAUCCCACCAUUAUCACUCCUUCUCAGUGUCCAGGUGUAACUCUGUGUCUUCUAAACUGUGUAUUAUAAGACUUUAGAUAGGGAUUAUGGCUGUACUUUAUCCUGAGGUCUAUUUACAGCGACAAGGACAAACAAACCAAGAGAAUAUACCACAUGUUUGGUUAAAUAUGCACUUAUACACUUAGUCUAGGACUCAAUUUAUCGACAAAUGAUCGUAUCUCGUCUGAUAGCGUAGAGAGCAGAAUGGGGUUUUGAUGUUUUCGCUGUGUAAGUGUAUAUAGUCUGCUGUCCAGAGCAAGUGGUUGGUUUUCUUGUAUAAGUAAAGCUGCCUUAAAUUUUGUAUAAUAAGUUGAGAACAUCAACGAAUGUCCUAGACAUGUUUCCAAAAAACUGUGUACGGAGUUUAGCUAAAUACAAGCUUUGUUUGCAUGUUAAAACCGUCUCUACAUGCUGCAAUAACAGUUGUAUUUAAAGCAAUAAUUAAUGCAUUGAAAAACUUGUGAGUAGAAGCUAAACUUAAAACAUAGGGAAUAGUUUCCAGUUCAAAUGAAUGCAGAGUUCCAAUCAGAAGUGAUGGCCUAAUGACAUCAUGCCAUGUUAGGAAGUGAAUGUGUUUUUUUUUUUCGUAGUAAAGUUAGACCUCUGUAUCAUCAUUCAAACACUGUAAUCCAGUGAUGUCCAAUCCUGCUCAUGGAAAGUCACUGUCCUACAGAUGCUACUGUAUAAUAUAAUACACACAUAUACAGUCAAGCCCAAAAUUUAAGGCUUGACUGUAUAUGUCUGUGUGUGUGUGUAUCGAUGCAGAGCCCUGAUAAAGUUAGCCAAAG